CGGCUCGGCGCGGCUCGGCACGGCUCCGCGGCACGGCUCCACGGGGCGCAGCAUGAAGGUGGCGAGGUGGUGGCGGGUGCUGCUCUGCCUGGGGCUGGGGCUCUCGCUGCUCCUGGUCGUGGCCGGUGACUUCUGUGACGUGAACCACUGUCAGAAUGGGGGCACCUGCCUGACCGGGAUUAAUGAGACCCCCUUCUUCUGCAUCUGCCCUGAGGGCUACAUUGGGAUUGACUGCAAUGAGACGGAAAAAGGCCCCUGCCACCCCAACCCUUGCCACAACAACGGUGAGUGCCAGCUGGUCCCGAACCGGGGGGACGUCUUCACCGACUACAUCUGCAAGUGCCCCGCGGGGUAUGAUGGGGUGCACUGCCAGAACAACAAGAACGAGUGCUACUCCCAGCCUUGCAAAAAUGGAGGCACCUGCCUGGACCUGGACGGUGACUACGCCUGCAAGUGUCCUUCUCCAUUCUUGGGGAAGACCUGCCACGUCCGCUGUGCUGUUCUCCUGGGCAUGGAAGGAGGAGCCAUCUCUGAUGCCCAGCUCUCUGCAUCCUCCGUCUACUAUGGCUUCCUUGGCCUCCAGCGCUGGGGGCCAGAGCUCGCCCGCCUCAACAACCACGGCAUCGUCAACGCCUGGACCUCCAGCAACUAUGACAAGAGCCCCUGGAUCCAGGCCAACCUGCUGCGGAAGAUGCGGCUGAGCGGGAUCAUCACGCAAGGCGCUCGCCGCGUGGGCCAGCCGGAGUAUGUCCGCGCCUACAAAGUCGCCUACAGCCUGGAUGGGCGGGAGUUCACCUUCUGCAAGGACGAAAAGCAGGACACAGACAAGGUUUUCCAGGGGAAUGUGGACUACGGCACCAUGCAGACCAACAUGUUCAACCCUCCCAUCACCGCCCAGUUCAUCCGCAUCUACCCCGUGAUGUGCCGCCGCGCCUGCACGCUGCGCUUUGAACUUAUCGGCUGCGAGAUGAACGUGUAUUUCAACACGGCAGGUUGCUCGGAGCCUCUGGGCAUGAAAUCCCGCCUGAUCUCCGACCAGCAGAUCACAGCCUCCAGCGUCUUCAAGACCUGGGGCAUCGACGCCUUUACCUGGCACCCCCAUUAUGCUCGCCUGGACAAGACGGGCAAAACCAAUGCCUGGACAGCACUCCACAACGGCCAGUCCGAGUGGCUGCAGAUCGACCUCAGGGACCAGAAGAAGGUGACGGGCAUCAUCACGCAAGGAGCCCGCGACUUUGGGCACAUCCAAUACGUGGCAGCCUACAAGGUGGCCUACAGCGACAACGGCACAUCUUGGACCCUCUACCGGGAUGGCCAGACAAACAGCACCAAGAUCUUCCACGGUAACAGCGACAACUACUCACACAAGAAGAACGUGUUCGACGUGCCCUUCUAUGCCCGCUUCAUCCGCAUCCUGCCCGUGGCCUGGCACAACCGCAUCACCCUGCGCGUGGAGCUGCUGGGUUGCGACGAGUAGGCGCCCGGGGAGGAAGGACGGGGCUGCUCUUCCCCGCCGCCUGGCCCGCGCCCUGCCCGCCCCUGCCCACUCCUGCUCUGACCUCACACCCCCCUCUCCAUGUCCCCAAACUCGGGAGGUGGCCGGGAGGGCUCCCCUGCCCUGCAUUGGCGCUGGGGCCACAGCACUGCACUUUAUGGGGCCCUUGCAGGUGGGAUGUGGGGACGGCUUCUGCCCUUUCGCCCCGCUAGCCAGGGGUGAGACCCCCUCCUGCAACCAGGGCCUGGCUGGGGGACCCUCUCCUGCAACUGGGGCUUCCUUGGGGGACCCCAUCCUGCAAAUGGGGCUUUGCUGGGGGACCCUGUCCUGCAACCAGGGCUUGGCUGCAUCCUCCCAGCUAAACCUGGAGACAAAUUUUCUCCCCCUUUUUGCUUCUGCUUCCAGCAGAGAGGCUGCAGCCAGCAGCAGUCCCCUGCCUGCACUGGGGCUUGGAGCUCAGCAGUUUUGGGGGGCUUAGGGCAGGCACCCCGGGCUCGCAGCCUCCGAUGUCCCUCCUGCUCCCUGCACGGCUGCAAGCAGGGGCUCUGAAAAACCUACUCGGCUGUUGUCCCCUGCCCGUUUUGCCAGGCCCUGGGUCUCCUUGCCUGUGGUGUCAGCGCCGCAUAGUGUGAGGAGAGUGAUGAGACAGCUCCUAUCAAGAGCCACCGGGUCCCCAUUGCUGGUGGCUCUACCCGCUGGGCGCUCUCGGCAGGCGCUGCCCAUGCCCCUUCCUGGGGUGCCGGCUCCAGCGUCCUCCGAGUCUCAGCAUUGCUGCCAUCCCCACCUUACUGCAUUUUGGGGUGCCUGGAGGUCCCUUGUCCCCAGAGCCAAGCAGCGACCAGGGGGGCUGCAAUCUGGUAGUGGGGGAGAGAUGGUUUGUAGCCACAAGGGUGCAGAGAAAAGAUGGCAAAGGUGGUGGUUAAAACACCCAAAUGCAGUAGGCAGAGAGCUGUGCCAUGACCCUUUUUGUAACCUGAUUUUUUCCCUUUCUGUGGGGUGGAGGGGAGCCUCUUGCAAUGCUCGAGCCCUCGGGAUUAGCAGUAGGAGAUGAGCGAGACCCGGCACCGGCAAGCGGGGGUGCGGGCAGGGUGUCCGGGCAGCGGCGCCGGCGGCGAUGCUUCCCCUGCCUGCUGGGAUGCGAAGUGGCCGUGGAGCUGGGCCGGCGGCGGGUUCGCUUUGGCAAGCGCCAAGGAAGCCCGGGUGGGAUGGCGGCGGCGGCCCCACUCCGGGGUGUCUCUGACAGUAUUAAAACCAGCUGAAACAUA